ACGACGAAAGUUUCCAGCCAUUUACGCGGCAGGAACAAUGGAACGGAAUUUCAAACCAACAGAAUUGAUAUCCGUUUUACUAUUGUAUGUUUACGUGGCGGACGGAUUUCGGAUAACAGUGGCAAAAGGUGCCUCAGAAAAUGGAGUGAGAAGUGAAGGUAGAAGGCUUAAAGGCUCUGGAUUAGAGGAAGAAAGAUUAAAGAAAGCAUUGAAGGCAAUCGACUAUGACGUACAUCCUGCGUUGGAGCAACGGGGGCAAAAUAUGGAAACGUUGAAAAAAGCUUUACGUUCCGUCGAAGACGAUGAACAAGAAGAGCGAUGGGUUAGAGACAUUGAAUCAGCUUUGAAAUCAAUUGAAAGAGAGACAGCAUAUCAUGAAAGCAGAAAGCGUACAAAGAUAGAGAAAGUUUUGGCUUCAGUUGAGGCACACACAAAGCAAGCAAUGUCGUCUAUGAAUGCUACUGCAAAUGAUAUUCCAAAGAAAGAAAAACAUGGCUUGGAAUUAUCUCUACCCUUCCGUACCAACGCUACACGUCAAGAAGGACGGACUAUAAGCCUUCAGUCCAACGGGAAACAAAUAAAACGAGUUUUUAUUCCCAAGGGAUGGAUGUUUUGCACCAUAGCUCCUCCAAAGUGUUACUCGUCACAGAGAAAGAAAAGACACAUAAGUAAAAGGCACACUUCUCUAUCCGUUGCAAGACAAACAGUUUCAUCGUGAGAAGCGCUUUGGUGGAGAACAUCUGUUGUUGUUUUAAUUCUUUAAAUACUCAGUUGUCUCAUCGAACUCCGGAGUGUUCUGUUCACCUUUAUCUGUGGAAUUUCUAGUGCUCCUCGUAAAAUACCUAAGAUGCACUGUCCUACCACACGUGCAAUUUGCCUCAGAACUAAGAAUAUGAUAGAAUUUAUUGAAUGCUAUUUUAGAGAAAUUACUUUAGUUAAAUUAAAGACACUAUCACUUCUUUUAAUUGGUAUGACGAUACUAAUUGCAAUUAUAUAGGAAUUGCGAGAAAGCCGCAAGCCGAUCUCUGGUUUCAAAAACAUGCUUUUGCUUUUCUAGUCUAGUUUUCUUGAGUCGUUGUCCAAUCUUUCAGAAGACUGAGCAAGAAUCAUUGUUCCUCGUUAAACUAAUCAUAGUAUUACUAACUUUCACAUUUCAUUACCCAUUUGCAACGGAAUGAGUAUGAUUAACUAAAGGGAGCACUUCUUCAACAGAGCCGCUUAAAACCAACUUGUUAACCUGUAACCUGUACAAAAAAUUUAUAUCUGCGCAAGAAAUUAAUAUAUUUAUCCAAUGAUCUUAGAAAGUUCCAAGAAGCCAGUUUCUUCAUUUGCCUAGAACAAUUAAUAUACUUGAAAAUUGUGGCAACGUUGCCGGCAGAUAGACAUUUGUAUGUUUUAACAGCUUAUGCCACACCCCAAUCAAACGUCUCUAAUAACGAACAAGUUGAGUUAUUUUGAGUUGUAUGGACUUGAAAUGUUCAUCAUUUAGUGCUUGAAACAAGCUUUCUUGCUUUGGAAAUUAGUUUCCUAUUGAUGAAUUUUUAAUCUUGCACGCCAUUUUAGAAAUAUAGUCAUUCACGAGAUGUACACCAUGUUUCAAGUUAAAAGGUCAGCAUCCUCAGUAUUCUGUAAAAGGUAGAUAAUAGAUGAACAGUUACUCGCAAAGAUUAAAAUGUAUUUUAUAAUUAUUCCUCUGGCUAUAGUUAAAGUAGUG